AUGGUGGCAACCUGGUGGACCUUUGAAUUGCUCGUUUUGCUCUUCCUCUUCCCAAUUGAGUUAUUCGGGCGUGACAUUAUUUUCCCACCGAUCAACCCACUACAAAUCACCUCACUUGGUCUCGCCAAUGCACCCGGUCCCGGGCAGGAUCAGCUCUUAGAAGCCCAGAAGUUCGCCGGACUGACAACAUUCGCAAAUCUGCCGUGGGUCCAUUGUCUGUCGGCAGAAGACCAUGUUGACAAGUACGAUAUAGCUUUUUUGGGAGCUCCAUUCGACACCGCUACGACCGGACGACCUGGCACACGCUUUGGCCCGACUGGUAUCAGAACUGGUUCGCGACGAAUCAGUCCUGUUGCUGGUUGGAGUCCUUACACCAAAGACAAUACCUUCCUUGACUGGGCUCGGAUCGUAGAUUGUGGCGACGCGCCCCUGACCUUCUUGGACAACACCGUAGCCUUGCAGCAGCUCUUGAAGGCCCACCAAACGAUUUCGAGCCGAGUAGCAAAUGCAUCGCAUGUGGCCAGGGUGCCUCGCCUGAUAACCCUUGGAGGUGAUCACACCACUACUCUAGCGGCUUUGAGGUCAACCAUCGAUCACUGGGGACCUGUAAGCGUUAUCCAUUUUGAUUCUCACAUCGAUACUUGGGAUCCAAAGGUUCUCGGCGGAGGAAUAUCUCAUUACGCCGGAGUGAACCAUGGAACCUUCCUCCAUAUUGCUCAUGAAGAAGGAUUAAUCCUAAAUACCUCAGCCCAUGCCGGGAUACGUGCUCCAGCGGUGAACAAGAAAUAUGACUGGAGAAAUGACAAACGGUGUGGAUUUGAGAUAACUACCGCGCGAGACAUUGACAAAGUCGGGGUGGCGGGAGUCAUUGACAGGCUGAAGUCACGAGUAGGCGAAAGCAAUGUCUACAUUUCGGUAGACAUUGACGUGCUCGACCCUGCAUAUGCGCCUGGUACAGGCACAGCGGAAGUUGGAGGCUGGACGACCCGAGAACUACUCAGCAUCCUUGAUGGGCUUGAGGGUCUAAAGGUCAUUGGCGCCGAUGUGGUCGAGGUCGCUCCUGUAUACGACAAUGCUGGAGAAACCACAGUCCUCGCCGCAGCAGAGGUAGCCCUCUCCCUCAUGAGCCUGAUGGUUGAAACACCAGUGCAGCCCCUCGAGAAAUCGACACCCUCACAAGAUGAAUAA